AUGUUCUGGUUCUGCAACAGUGCCAACUGCCAAUUUUCAGUCUUCGCCCUUACCACCAUAGGAUGGAUCCUCUCCUCUACGUCCAUGGGCCUUGUGGAGUGGCGAAUAUGGUACAUGAAAGACACCCCGCUCUACCCCCCUGGGAUCGCCUGCGUGGGAAUAUUUAGAGUCUGCAUUUACCAGCAUCGCACCAACAGCACCACAACCAAAUUCUGUUACCGAUACAGCUACCAGGACACCUUUCUCCCUUUUGAAAUUUACAUGGCUCAACGCUUCCUACUGACUGCCAGCAUUUUCGGAUUCUUCGGGAGAGCCUUUAACAUCUUUGCACUUAGAAACAUGUCUGUGAAAAUAUUUGAGGAGUACACCUACAAUUCAUUCAUUGUUUCAGGAAUUUUCAACAUUGCUGCUGGUGUCUUUAUCUUAAUUGCUGUGCUCCAGAACUACGAUGCCAUCAUAAACUCAUGGGGAAUCACCUUCCCGCCAUCUCUCCAAAUGCCCUUCAAGCCAGAUGUGCAGGAAGUUGGCACUGCCAUUCAAGUGGCAGGGAUAGGUGUCUUGCCUAUGCUGUUAACUGGGAUGUUUUCUCUAUUUUACAAAUGUCCCCUGUACUGCCAAGUGCAUCCUGAUAUUUCAGAAACGUGAAUUUCCUGGUUGCAUUGGCUUUGCAAAUCCAAGAUUUCUGGGAGUUUAUGGAAAAUGUUAUUAGCAUGCUCUACCAAAUAUUUCCAACGACUCAAGACCAUGCAUGUGUAGUUUGGGACAGAAGGUGGCCAACUGUCUCCUUCUGUUGUCUUGUGUAUCUGAAUGUGGUUCACUGAUUUGCUCGUUGAAUUGAGAACUUUUAUUUGAAAGUCUUCCCACCUGCCAGUUGGUCUUAUUGCAUCUGAAUUUUAAUUAUUGUUGGCUAAAGCAAAUAACCCUAGAAACUCAGGGUAGGGAAAUAAGAGUUUCUGAGUACAUUAACUUUUAACAUUUCCCUCU